GAGUAAUUAAUGACUAUAUUUUCAUUUUUGGGUGAACUAACCCUUUAAGCGCUUUAUGGAUUAAGUUUUAUUACUCCAAUAGCAUUUUAUAAUGUUAAUUGUAUUGAUGCAACAGUGUAUCCUGUGAUGUAAAACGAUUUUGGGAUAUUAAAUAAAGUGUGUUUUCACUCAUACAUCAGUGCCAGUGUACUGUAAGUCUAAAUUAUUCUUUCAUUGUUUCAGCUGCUAAACUCCUUCAAUAGGCUUUUGAGGCACAACAAAACUCCUACUCCUACAAAACUUCUACAUCCAAAUCAUUGUCUAUCAUCCUACUCUUUCCAUUUUUAUCCUUUAAUAUUUCCAUUUUAUAAACCAUACAACCAUAAUCACCAAACUUGUAAUUUCACGAGGCUGUGUUUAUAAAAAUCUUUAUGCUGUUAAUUUGUAAACUCUGAUUUAUAUUUAUGUUCACAUUCGUAGUUAUUCUUUCAUAAUCCAACCUCAUAAAGUCCUGUUUUUAUUCCUUUUGAGCGUGUAGACCGAAAACUAACAUUACCCAAGAUCGGUAAAAGAUUAAACAUUAAGAAAUUUUAAGGAUUUUUUCAAGGUUUCUUCGAGCCACUGUAAAAGACUUUCCAAGAUUCCUUCUCUAGUUAUUCAUUGAACACAUGAUGGUUAUAAUGCAAUGACUCUGGGAUUUCCCCCACUGUAAAGGUCAAUAACAUUUACAGAAGGCUGUAAAAAUUGCCUGAAGACUGUAUGCAGAAGUUGAAAAUCGUCUGAAUUGUCAUAAUUGGUAUUUGGUGUAUUAAAAUGAAAAAAAGUUAUUCUGUAAAUUAUUAAUUUCAGCCAUAAAAUCAAAUUACAAGUGCUUAUUUGCACCUGUUAUUAAAAAUAUUUCAAGUGAACAUGUGGUCAUUUGUCAUUUGACUUUAAUGGUGUGCAUGGCAAAGACCAGAGCAGGUGAACGCCAAAUUUAGAUGCAUGUCUGUUGCUGUUUUGGGCCUGGAAAGGGGGGCAGUCAAGUUCAGAUUGGGCGCAGCUGAAGUACUGGCAGAGCAGUGCGCGAGACGCGUGAUUUCACUGGAACUCUAUUUCACAAGGAAAAUGGAUCUAUCAGAUGACCUUGAAGAGGAAGAUGAGCUUCUUGAAGCUGCAAUCCAACUGAGCAUUCAGGAAUCAUGUAAAGACAUCGCCUCCCUUGGAAGUGUGGAACAUCAAAAGAUCUUGGAUGCAAUAUACCGAGGAGAUCUCUUUGCUCUGCAGGAGCUGUCGGAUUAUCCUGCUGCAUUCACUGAGAUGGAUACCAAGGGGUGGUACCCAAUUCAUAGGGCUGCUGUCCAGCAGUCUGUGCAGGUGCUGGAGAUGGUACUUUAUGGUUCUUACAGGUUGAGGUUAGAUGAGGAAACUGCAGAUGGAGAGACACCAUUGAUUUUGGCGACUCAAGCUGGACUGGUGGAGAUCGUUAGGACUCUGCUUGAGCAUGGAGCUUCACCUAAUAGGAUCAACAGCAAAAAUGAAUCCCCUUUAUUAUUGGCGGUAAGAACAGAUUCAUUUGAAAUCGCCUUUACACUUAUAUCACGAGGAGCAUCGGUGAACCAAAUCUACCCAAAAAAGUGGACGGCCAUUCAUGAGGCAGCCAAGGUGGGUUGUAUCGACAUCCUUACGCUCCUGCUGCAACAUGGAGGAAACGUCUCGGAGACAGACGACCAUGGAGUGACGCCCAUGGGGAUUGCCGCAGAGUAUGCUCAAGCAGAAGCGCUGGACAUCCUUAUUCACUAUGGUGGAGAUGUAAAUGCUCAGGCACCAAAUGGAGAUAGUGUGCUAUAUGACGCUGCUGGUUCUGGCAAUCCUGACUGCAUUGAGCUUUUACUUCAACAUGGGGCUGAUCCUAAUGUCGCUAGUCUUUCCUUGCAACUUCCAAUCCACCGUGCAGCAUACAAAGGACAUUAUCUUGCCUUGAGAAUGUUAAUCCCAAUAACCACCAAGAGAGCGCUCCGUCUCUCAGGCCAGAGCCCAAUUCAUGCAGCUGCAGAUGGAGGCCAUGUCCGAUGUCUGGAGCUCCUGGUGGACAAAGGUUUCGAUGUUAAUGCUCUUCUAGACACUCAUAUUUCGGAGAUAUAUGGGGAUAUGCGGAAGACUGCCUUGUACUUUGCGGUCUCCAAUGGAGAUGUGACUGGCACCGAGUUGCUGGUAAAUGCUGGAGCCAAAACAGACCUGGAUCCUCUGCACUGCCUUCUAGUGGCGGUAAGAGCUGGGAGGUAUGAGAUUGUGAGGAUUCUCCUAGCCAGCCAAGCAGAUGUGAACUGUUACUUCACAGAGCUCAAUGACACAGUGUUUCCCACUGCCUUACAAUACUGCCUGAGGGAUGAGAUGAUGAUGCGACUGCUGUUAAAUGGUGGUUAUGAUGCAGAAAAAUGCUUCUGUUGUCCUCAUGAUGCAACAUGGGGUCACUCCUCAGAACAACCCAGUGAGAAGAUUCCAUUUUGUGAUUUCAUCAGCGUCUCUUGGCUAGUGCAGUUCUCUGGAAGAGCUGUGCGGGUUCUCCUCGACUAUGUCAAUCAUGUUCCCAUUUGCUCCAAGCUGAAAAUGGUUCUAAAGAAGCAUAAAGAGUGGGCUGAAAUUUCAGAAAUGUUGGGGAGUCCUCGUUCACUGCAACAUCUAUGCAGACUAGUCAUCAGGAGAGAGAUGACCCCACGAAGGUUGGGCAACCCAAAAUUCAUAAACUCUGGUCCUUUCCCACCAGGACUAAAAAGCUACUUGAUGUACAAAGAAUAUGAUUUGUAUGGAAAAAUCAUAUGUCAGGAGUGACUCUUCUCAAGGUCCAUGUUAAGGAGGAAGCACUUUGAGUUUCAUUCAGAAAUGAACACGAGGUUGACAUGACCAGAGGUUAAAAACUACAAUGUGAAUUUUGCACCACUUCAAAAGGACUUUGCCUUCAAAGUAAUGUCUUGGUGCUAUUUGUGCAAUAAUAAAAUGUUCUAACUGUUGACAAAAACAUGUUUAUAUCAGAUAAAAAUAAAAGAGUUGAAGCCU